AUGGAAAAUUCAGAGCUCAUACCUCCUGUCAUGCUAAUGAUUUAUUGCAGUGGCAGUGUAGCUUGUCGUCUUCUCAUCCUGCUCUAUUUAUCCUUCAGCCCCUCUGGACUCAGCUGUCAGUUCGACUUAAGAAAAAUAACACACCACACUGCUUUUAUGGGGCGAUCACCAUGCUGUGAGAAGAUUGGACUGAAGAAAGGUCCAUGGACGCCGGAGGAGGAUCAGAAGCUGCUUGCCUUCAUUGAGGAGCACGGACAUGGGAGUUGGCGAGCAUUGCCUGCGAAGGCAGGCUUGCAGAGGUGUGGGAAGAGCUGCAGAUUGAGGUGGACAAACUACCUGAGGCCGGACAUCAAGAGGGGCAAGUUCAGCUUGCAAGAAGAGCAGACCAUCAUCCAGCUUCAUGCUCUUUUAGGCAACAGGUGGUCGGCCAUUGCAACGCAUCUACCAAAUCGCACAGACAAUGAGAUCAAGAACUACUGGAACACACACCUCAAGAAAAGGCUGGCCAAGAUGGGGAUCGAUCCUGUCACCCACAAAUCUAUCAGUGGCACUCUCACUGGCACCACAAACAACAAAUCAGCCAAGGCCGUGGCAAGCCUCAGCCACAUGGCACAAUGGGAGAGUGCCCGCCUUGAGGCUGAGGCACGGCUGGCUCGAGAAUCGAAGAUUCGAACAGCAACGCCAACACCAACUGCACUACAUGCGCAGCCAACGAAUGUACCUGCCUCUGCUGCUUCUCCAUGCCUUAACGUGCUGCAUGCAUGGCAGGGUGCAAAGAUAGACCUGGAGUCACCUACCUCCACACUGACGUUUACAGGGAGCAAUAGUGGCAUGCUGCCAACCCCCAGGACCAACAGACUAGAGGUAUCAGAAAGCAACUCUGUGAUGUGGCAUCAGAGGAGUGAUGAGUUGGAGGGUGAAGAAAACGAUUGGCAGAUCUUCAGCAAGCACCAAGUGCUGGAACUGGACAGCAAGGAGAGGGAAGAUGACUUCAUUGGCUGUGAGGAACCGUGGUUCUCAGGGAUGGCUGGGGUUGGAUCUGGCUUCACUGGCAUGCUGUUUGAUGUAUCCAAUGAGCAUGACGCAUCAGAAUGCUGGGGUGAGUCCAACAAUGGCCAAACUGAGCACAGCAAUCAAGCAUCAGAUGAGGAGGAUAAGAAUUAUUGGAAUGGUGUCCUUGACAUGGUAAACUCAGAGCUGACACCCCAGUCACCUCCAUUGGUCUAG